UAAUAUAAAAUUAAAAAGAGCUAAGAUAUAAAAAUUGUUAUCAAAUAUUUAUUAUUCAUAAUUAUUAAUUGUCAUAUAUAUGUUAGUUAUAUUAGACAAUUCCGUAGCUUUUAUUUAAGGAAAGUGCGAGAAUAUUAUUUUUUAUACUAUUUGUCAAUUUAAUAUUUAGUUUAAUAAAAAAAAAUAUAAUAUAAGUUAAGAUAGACCAACCAAUUUUUCAAAGAAUUAUGAAUUUCAUCCUCGUGGUGACAAGUGGCUACAAAACAAUGUUGUAAUGUUUCUCAAUUAAUAUAUAAGGGAUAUGUUUAUUGUAAAUAAUUAAAAGAUCAAGAUUAGUACUCAACUAAUGUAUAUAUAUUUAUAAUGAUAAUAAUAUUAACAUUUGUCCAUGUAAUAGACAUCUAAUAUUUUUCGUAAAUAGUCAGAAAUUGUUUUCAAAGAACGUCCGAAUUGGAAGUCGAAUAUUGGAAUGAAACUCAGAUAAGGUAAUAACAAAAUUCAUAUUAAGUAUUCAAAAUAAAAAUCAUCUUAAAUUCAUGAAACAUUUUUACAAUUUUAUUACAUUUCUAUAUAAAUUAUAUAAGAAAAGAAAUACAGUCAAAACAACCAAAACAUAGUUGUUUUUUUCCUUUCAAUGAAAGUCAAAGGCUUGACUACUAUUCCUAUUCUUUCUUUUUAAUUAACCUAUUUCCUUACAUUGUAGUCAAUGGUUAUCCCAUUAUAUGUAGACCUAUUGAAUAGAAACCCAAUAUCUCAAAGAUUUAUUGGACAAGUGUCAAAAAUUUAUGAUGAUGAAAACAUUUCUUGUAAUAUAAAAAGCACACUUCUUGUAUAAGAUAUAGACAUCUUCUGCCAUUAAAUAUAAUCUCUCUCUUUCAGUCUAAAUCUACAAAAGUAAAAUUUGUAAUGUCGGAGGCAAGUAGAACCGAUGAUGGCGAUAGAACUCUGUUUAAGCAGCGAGAAACUUCUCAAAUCAGCUCUUUUCUCAACGAAUUUCCGGCGAGUGCUAAUGUUCUUGUUGUCGAACCCAAUUUUGUAACUUUACGUAAGAUGAAAAACCUCAUGAUCAAAUACGGCUAUCAAGUGACGGUUUAUGCGGAUGCAGAAGCAGCUCUCGCGUUUCUGAGAAACUGUGAACAUGGGAUUAAUCUCGUGAUCUGGGAUUUUCAUAUGCCUAGAAUUAAUGGAAUCCAAGCUCUCAAAAUCAUUUGUACAAAGAUGGAUCUGCCUGUCGUAAUUAUGUCUGAUGAUGACCGAAAAACAUCGGUGAUGCAAGCAACGGUUCAUGGUGCAUGCUACUAUGUUAUGAAACCGAUUAGAAAGGAGAUCAUAGCCACCAUAUGGCAACACAUUGUACGCAAGAGGAUGAUGUCUAAAUCAGGUUUAAUUCCACCGGUUCAAUUAGAUGCGGUUCAGAAUCACGAUGGUUUCAAGGAAAACAAAGAUGACUCCAUGCCCGUGGACCAAGGUAAUAGUGAACAAAACAUCAAUAUGAUAGGAGAAAAGGCAGAAAAGAAACCGCAAAUUGGAGAAAAUCUACCAAUCCAAUCAGAUUCGGUUCAGAAUAACGGUUCAGACCAAGACAACAACGAUUCAUGGACCAAAAGCCCAUACAACAGUGAACAAAACAUGGAUGGAGAAGAAAGAAAGCAACCGAAGACACGGGUGGUGUGGACUAAUGAUCUUCAAGAGAAAUUUCUCAAAGCCGUCGAUAUUCUUGGUGGUGCAAGAAAAGCUAAUCCCAAGCCACUUCUCAAAAUGCUGGAAGACAUGAAUAUCAAAGGGCUCACUAGAAGACAUGUGUGUAGUCAUCUUCAGAAAUAUCGUCUUAGUCUUGAGGGAAAAGAAAUCACUCAACAGAUGCAAGAGUUUGGUUGGUCCAGUGCAUGUACAACUUCACCUCUCUUAGGUUUGAACAAUGUUCACACUGCAACAUCGUCCCUUAUAAAUGGUGGAGCCUCUUACCCGGUCCAGGAGAAUCAGUAUCAAAAUGGCUACAUGGAAGUGAACAACAACCACGCUGCAUCAUCGACCCUUAUGAAUGGUCGAGCUACUUACCCGGUCCAGGAUAAUCAGUAUCAAAAUGGCUACUUGGGAGUGAACAACAACCAGGUCAUGACCAAUACUAUGCCUUAUGAUUUUGACCAUGAUCACUAUUUGCAGAAGCAGAAGCCUGAAAAAGCUUCCAGCAUCGAUAUACCGGAGGAUCUCGGACUGGCGUAUACUAUGCCUCGUUUGCCCUAUAAUCUUGGCCAUGGGAACCAUCUCCAGCAUGAACAACAACAUCAGCUUUCUCAUCAAUGGAAUAACGUGAUGAGUAACAAUGAACCGGAACUACCUUCCAGCAAUGGUGUAACGGGCGUUGGGGGGACUUAUCCAAGUUUACCGUAUGACCCAAACGAGUUCUAUAAUUAUAAUCAGUAAUUUGGCUGUUUCUUUAAUUACUAAUCAUGCGUAGGAGAUUAUUUGGUUUCUUGGAAGUGUUAUGAUUUGUGAGAGAAUCAUCAGUGACAUGAAGAAAAGGAAGGGAAGAACGAGAGCAUGCAUGUGACUUGUUUUGUGAAUCGCAAGAAGAUUAGUUAGUAAUUAUAUUCUAUGGAACUCAUUUCAAAACCGUCUCAAUGUAUUUCAUUUUUCUUAUAUAAAUUUGUUGUUUUAUGGAUAAUUCUGUUUUUUUAAUAAAUAACUUGUUUCCAAUUUAAAAUCAGUAAGAUGCGCGUGAGUUAAUUCCAUUAUAGGGAAUUUAGUUAAAGAGAACAAAUAGAAUGCCAUAGAUCAGAUGCACGUAAUUAAAGUUAUAGAUAUUUUCUUAUAGUUUAUUAAAUCUACUGGAUUUUGAAGCUUAAAUAUAAUAUCAUUCAGAUGAUUAAAUGAUAAUGAAAUCCUAGAAAAAAAAUGGUAUAUAUUUGCCUCAGAGCACCAUUAUCGGUUUGAACCCAUACAACUUUCUUUUAAAAAAAAGAUAUUGCUAUUAUAAUUAUUUUAUUUAUGUUUGGAUUUUAUUACACCAAUGAAAUAUUCCUAGAGUGACAUCUGUGUAUUUUCAUUAUCAACGGGUUCUUAAAACAUAUCUGUAAAGAAAUUUUAUGCUCUUCUCUCUCCUAUUUUAACUAUUUUUCAUUUAUUUUAAAAGAUAAAAACUCUCCAUAAACCUACUGCUAUUGGAGGCUUGGAGCUGCUCUCAGUUUCUUUAUCUCUCGUAGCGAUUUCAUUUAGGUUGGAAUCUGUGUAAGGGCUUGACUGGAUGCGAGUGGUAACAAUUUUUGCCGUUUCCAGUUGAGGGUAAUUGCAGAAAAAUAAAUAAAAAUAAUUCUUAUAGAAAAACUGUAUAAAUAGAUAAUCAAAAAAAUUUAGUUUGAAUUUACACUGAGAUAAUAUAAAUACUUAUAUGUAUAUGAUAUUUUUAUUUAUUUUAUAAAACUUUAAAACAAAAAUGUGCUAUAAUUUUUAGACAUUAAUAUAUAUAUAUAUAUAUCCCAAAAAUAAUUUAUGAAAAUUAAUACUACAAUUUUAUAAAUAUAAUUUUACAUUAGUCAUAAGAAUAUGAUUUUAAUAUUUAUAUAUUUAUAUAAAAUAUUAAUUUUGUUAAUUUAUUAUUAUAUGUUGCUUCAUUUGGUAGCCAACUAGUCAUUAUUAUCAUGUAAAUGCAGAAAUAUAUAAGUGCUUACCAGUCAUACAAAUCAUUUAAACGCUUAAAACUGUAGAUAUUUGCAUCCACAAACUAAUGCAACUGCAACUGUAACCGUUGCGUUUACACCAGUCAUACCUUAAGUGGGUUGUGAUCUUUUCCACCUGCCCUUAAGGUAACAUUCGGAAACCACUUGCUUUUUUUUUACAAGAAAAAAAGGUUAGUUUUCACAACAAAAUGCUUGAACAAUUAGAUAUGUGCCCGAUAUAACAAUUUACUCUUUCAGAAUGUUUAUUGGUGAAAAAAACAUUAAAGGUCGAGGUAUAAAAUGUGGUAUGUAAUGUGAAAGAUGCGGCACAUAAGUAGAGUCAAUAAAUCAUGUUUUAUUUGAAUGUCUUUCGCCUAUUCAUGUAUGGCUUUAUCAUAAAUUCCAACUAGUCCAACUACAAUUUCCACGCAAUCAGUGUUCGCGAAUAUGGAUUAUUUAUUCUGGAAGAUUUCAUGACAUAUAUAAAAUGAUCAAUUUACUUAGAUUUUAUGGUAUAUUUUGAAAAAGCAAAAUAAUAAAAAAUUUUAAUAGAAUUACACUAAACUCUAAAAUUGGCAGAGAUAAAAUAUAUACUAUGGAAGGAGGCUCAAGUACCUUUUCUGCAAAAUGGAACUCCGAAACAAUCUAUUCAGUAUGGAGAAGUGGAAAUUCAAAUUUGACUCGACGAAUAGGAAGAUGGUAUUUUACAAAUUGAUCUUGGAAAAGAGAUUUUUGUUUUUUGGCAAUGACUAGUAUAGUACUUUAGAAGGUUUCAAUGGAUUAAUGGGAGCAAGAAAUACUUAGAGUAGCUCAUCCACUCUACACGUGGAUUUCAAAGCAUUAUUUGGGCGAUAGAAUGCAAGAAGAAUCUCCGACAAUUUCAUGUGACGUUUGCGACAUAUUGUUCAUAGUUGAUAAAGAUGAUUUUAGAACCAUAAAAAUAGCCUUCGUUUGCAACCUACCUAAAAGAAAUUCAGCGGAUGAAGGAAAGUUUCAAUACUUUUGUAACUACGCACGUUCCUAGGAAUUAAAACAUAAAAGUAGAUAAUCUUACAUGUAUUACUAACAAACAACUGUCCUAUUUAGUCUUUAUUGACACUGAAUCUUCUGUUUUGUUAACAGAGUCAGACAAAAAAUAAUUUACUAUUAAUAGUGUGAAUUCUAGUGGAACGAAAUAUUUCUGCUGUGGUUUCAAAAGACAUAGUGUUGUCCAUCUACUUAUGAUCUCAUUCCCAUCUGUAUUCCAUCUAUGUUUUGCCCAGUUAUCAUAAUAGAAUCUUUAGAGGAAAACAAGAUACACAGAAAGAUAAUAACUUCAGAAAAAAAGACGAGCCUUGAUGUUUAAAACACAGAGGUUAUGAACAAGUUUACCAUUGUCAUUUUAUUAAGAAAAAGUUUGAUAUCGAACUCUUUUUUAUCAAGCUAAUAUGUCGAUAGUCUUUUUACAUGUGUCUUUUACACUCUUUAUUUUUUGUCAUACAUGUCUUUUUUUUACAACAAAAUGUCAUUCUAAUAUUCAUGCUUGAGGUGGUAUAGGUAACCAUACCGGAAUAGAAUAACCAACAAAACAAAUGUCUCCAUGAAAGGAUCUCGCGGUCCUAGCUAUAUGAUCUGCAGUUCCAUUUUGUCCUAGCUAAAUGAUCUGCAGUUCCAUUCUGUCCUCUAGGAAUAUAGGUGAUCUCAAAGUUUUGAAAUCUGCUCUUGAGUUCUUAAAUCUCCUUCGACUCUUUCAAAUAGCUCGACCAUGACUCAGGGUCUCCCACCAUUGCUGUUACAUCUUUUCAGUCUGUCUCAAAGCGUUAGUACAUCGAAUGAUGCAGCAUGCUACAUCUCAUUAACAACAUAUUUUCACCAAAAAAAAUAACAAUGUUACAUCUCACACUUUUCUCAUAUAUUACUUUCUCAUCUUGGAUUCACUUGCAUAUUUUGUUAUCUAUCUAUAACAUUACAUUUAAUAUCAUAAUUCGGUAAUUUUCUCAUAUUGGUGAUUUCAUUAACUUUGUAUUUUCUUUGAGGGAUUAUUGGGUCAUCAACGAAAUCAAUAAAUAUUCUCUUUGAAUAUUCGUUGUUUAAAAGUUUGAUGGGAAUCAAUAAUUUGAGUGUAGAAUAUGGAAAUGUUUUAAUUUGAUAACCUGUGACCAUUAAGAUUUCCUGUAAUAUUUAGUUAUUAAAGGUGCAGCUGUGACCCUACAACAAGAUCACACCGCCCAACUGAGACCACUCGACCGAUCUCAUCCACAUGAAAACUUGAAAAUCAUUUUUGUCUAAACAAACUAAAAUUAUAAUAUUGAACAAUAAAUUUUUUAAAAUUAUGUUAAUUUAUAUAUUAUUUUAUAAUACCAUAUGAUAAUAAAAAUAAUAUGAAUGUGUUAUUACUUAUAAAUAAUAACAUUCCAUAUAUUAUACUUUAUUAUUUAAUAAAAUUAAUUUUAGAUGCUUAAACCUCUUAUAAUAAUGUAGAGUUUUAGUUAGGCUUUCUAGACAUUACAAGUUGAUUUACUGUUUGUUUAGCUUCUAAAACUUUCCUGGACACUAGAUUUUUCUGUGUGAAAAUAGGUUAAAUUGUGUCUAAGGAAACAAAUUUCCGGUUUUAAAAAUCACAGAUGUUGAUAGUCAAUAUAUAUAAGAAAAUUUAAAAAUAAUUAAUGGAGUGAAAUUUGUUUUAUUUGUUAAAUAUAAUUAUCUUAUUCUAAUAUUAAUAUUGUUGCAAUCCUAAAUAAGAUAGUGCCAAUACAGAAAAAUCACAUUAGCAUAGAAAAUACAAUAAAUCUGAAAGAUUAAAGUAAAACUAAGAUAAAUUUUUGUUUGUUUUUUUGGUAAUAUAUACAGAAAAAUAUUUAACACUGUGAGUUAUUGGCGCCAUUCAAAGUAAUUUACUGGAAACAUGCAUGAUAAGAUGACAAUUAGACAUGAAUGCAUUAAGCAAUAUUUUUUAAACUCAAACACUUAUUUCUGGUUAACACAUUGUCAUGGCACCAACAACAAUGUUUAACAAUCUAAGAUACUAAACUGUCGCUUGAUUGUAGAUGUCUAAACACACAUUUAUGUCCAAGUUUGAUAAGUUGACAAAUUUAUCUUAGUAUCAGUUUUUGUUGGCGAAGGACAAUUUGUUCAUCAAUAUUUUCUUGCAUUAACAAUUUGAACACUAUAGGUCAAGAUACAACAAUAAAAUUUAAAACAUAGGAAUAGAUGUUUCCCUUUUCUCAAAAACCAUAAAUAUCAAGUGAUGAAUUCUAUUGAACCCCUAAAAACUAAAAUGAAAUUACUUAAACAUAAUUACAAAGAAAAAAUACAUAUUUACAAAUGAGAACAAAUACAUAUUUACAAAUGAGAGAGUUUAGAAAUAUUCACUAAAUUUUCCCGAAGAAGGUUCGAAAAAAAUUCUCAAUAAAUUUACAAAGAGAAAAUUGUUAAAGUUUGAGUUAAAAAUAUAGCGUAUGAUGAAAAAUUAGACUCAAAAUGGCUAUAAAUAAGUACCCUCUCUGUUUCAUAAGCAAAUAUAAUUUAUAUAUAUAUAUAUAUUAAAUUUAAUAUUAAUUACAAAAGCAUUUAUUUUAUAAAUAAUUCAAUUUAUCUCAAAUAAUAUUGAUUAAAUAAAUGUAAUUAUUUCUCUGUUAAUUGGUUGUAGAUUUUAAUACUUGUUUCUUUGUCAAUUUCUCUCUAAUCUUAAAGCAUUUUUGCAUAUUCUCAAAAGAAGAUAUGAAAAUUCUAAAUACAUUAAAACAUCAAGAAAUUAAAAUAAAAUUUAAAUUAGUAUCCCCAUAUGAUGAAGUACCGUUGCUUGGUCAUUACAUGGUGGCGCGUGAUGGACCAAGAUGUAUGAAGACACAAACUUACGGAUUGCAGCCUAGGGAUGUGUAAUGGGUGAUGACCCAGUGUAGGAUGUUUAUAAAGUGAUCAUCCAAAGGCGAUGGUGUUGAUGAUGUUUCUUUACCUACUAAGAUCUUAGCCUUGGUGGUUUCUGGUUUAGAAUAUAUAUAUGAAUGAGUUGUGAAAGACGGGUAAUAUGGAAGUUAUUUUUAAGAUGUGAUUUCAUAAGGAUGGAGUAUAAUCAAUGUGUGGUACUAGUACUUGUUUGAGAAUGAUUAUGCAUUGUUAUGAUUGCACAUGUGUAUGAUUGAUUGACUGGUAGUGGUUCUACAUUCACUGAGUAACUUGUUACUCAUGAUUCAUUCGUGUGCCAUUAGUCGGGAAACCUUUUCAUUGGGCUUGAAGGAACAGUGAAACCAGCGGUCGUAUUUUGUUAUCCUUGCAAAGUCGAUUUUUUGUCUAUUUAAGGUGAAACGUUGUUGGGAAAUAUGCCUUAGGUUAAAAUUAUAACCGGUUUGUAACAUGGUUUAAGUAAAUAUAUAAUGUGUAAACAAUGUUUGUAAAUGAAGAGUUUUCAUAUGAUAUUAGUCCUUGUACGGGACGAACUAACUAUCGGGUAUUACUUGGUCAGGUUGAAAAUCCUAGAGUGAUAUCUGAUAAGAGCGUUGGUGUUCUCGGGUUGCUAGUGCAAGGCGAUCAAAAGUAUUCUGAGAACCUUAGGUCUGAUUUCGAGAAACAACGAUCGUGUCAUUUAAUGUCAACUACUAGUGGGUGUGAAAAUACCAGCAUGUCUAUAAAACAACCUACCACCCUUCAUCUUAUAGCCCGCCUUUUCAAAACUUCUAUAAAACACUUCCUUUAACGUCUUCAUGAUAUUUUCAUCUGCAUCAAUAUCCUCAAAAAACUCUUGCAUUUUCAUAUUAGAUGCCACUGUCAACUCACUAAAUAGCUCCACAGACGUAAACUGCUUAUCAGACAUGAUUCUUGACAAUCUGUCUGCUACUUUAUUCUCCACUCUAACCGUAUAAAGAAUCUCGAAGUCAUAUCCCAAUAAUUUGGUGAGUCAAUUCUAGUAAUCCAUAGACACAUCUCUCUGAUCCAACAUUAUUUUUGGACUUUUUUGAUUUGUAUAAAUGGUAAAUCUGUGUCCCAUCAGAUAGUGUUUCCACUUCUCCACAGCCAUAACAAUAUCCAUCAUCUCCCAUUCAUAUACCAGUUUGAUAUGUUCUCUGUUUGCCAUUCCUCGACUAAAAUAUGAAAUAAGACAUUGGUCUUGCGUUAAAAAAACUCCAAACAUGUACCCCCCAGAGCAUCUGAUUCAACCACAAACUCUUUGGUGAAAUUUGGCAAGUCCAAUACAAAGAAAGUGAUCAUGUAUUGUUUCAAUUCUGGAAAAGCCAUUUGUGUUGUAUUAUCCCAAUCAAAAAAUUUCUUCUUUAGCAACUCAGUCAGCACUUUGCUAUUACCCCAUAAGACUUGAUAAAUAGUCUAUAGUAAAAUGUGAGGCCCAAAAACACUUUUUCAAUUUCACUAUUUUUGGAACUAGCAAAUUACUAAUAACACUAGGUAAUAACCCGCGCGGAAUGUGAUUAUUAGUUUCGUUAUUUUUUUAAUAAUGAGACAUUAAUCUGUUUAAUCUGGAUAUCGGUUUGGUUUUAGGUUGUUUUUGGUUUUUAAUCUCCUAAAAUAUACCUAUCAUUUUAAAUCAAUAUUUAUUUCGUUUGUUCGGUUAAAAUGUUUGAUGUUUUUGUUUUUUUUUUCUGUGAUAAUCAAAAAUUACUAUUAUUUGUUUGUUUUCAUGUUAUGAAUCUUAGAUAGUCGUGAUGUCUAACCAAUGGUUUCAUAUUAUAGUUUCUAAAUGGAUAAUAGUUAAAAAAAGAAAAAAAAUUAUUAAGACAAAUCAUUUUACGAAUAAUUUCGUCGAUAGUGAAAGAAACAUUAAGAAAAAGAAUAUUUUAACUUCAAAAAAAAACAGAUAUUUCAGUUGUCGUAAAUACUUAGUUAUAAGGUGCUCGCGUCAAUGUGCACAUAUAUGUGUAUGUAAAAGUAUAUAAAGAUGGUUGAUAAAUAUAUAAAAAUACUGUUAAUUAAUAUUAAAUGACAUUUUUUCAAAAUAAUACAUGAAAAAUAAAAUUCUUAAAAUGAAAUUAUUUAAAAACAAAAAUAUUUUAAAAUUUAUAUAAACUAUAAUAUAUAACUUAUAUAUAAUUCUUUAAAAUAUAUGUAUAUAUAUGCAUAUAACAGAUCAAAUUGGAUAUCCGUUCCUAUAAAUAUUGAUAUUUGGGAUUUUUUUUUUUACGGAUAUUGCAUUUUAGUAUUUGAUUUGCUGCGUAGAGUAACAAAUAUCCGGAUUUUUUGGUUCGAAUCAAAACGGAUAACAAAUCGAAUCAAAAUUUAUGAAUAAUUUUUCCAGCUCUAUUCGUAAAAAGUAAAAAUAACGUAAAGAAGAACCAUGCAUAUGAGUUUUAUAUUAAAAAAAGUAAAAUAAAUAGUGUGAACAUAUU